GAUGCGAAUAAAAGAAAAGAGAUAGAGGAUUAUGUGUAGAUGUAUGCACGUACGCGUGCGUGUGUAGGUGGAUUGGUAACAGGGUGGUUUCGCGUGCGCGCAUGCUCACAUGUUGUAAGUAAAAUGUAUAGAUAUAUGGGAGGAAAAGAGAGAGAAAGAGCUAUAAUAAAGGAGGGUGGUGGCAAUGGUGUACGAGAAGAGAUGCGAAAGGAUUCAUUCGUGAGCAGCGCAUAAACGUAGUGAAACAGGCGGUUACAGUCGAACGAUAAAUGGUGUAUCGGUCGGUGGAUGUGGGUGGUAUGUGCGAGUAAAGAUCGUUAAAACGAGAAGCCUAUAUGAGUGUUUAGGAAUGGCCUCUUAAACACAUACAAACUGACAGUGCAAAAAUUGAAGAAAAAGAAAAAAAAAAGAAAGGAAACGAAUCGAGAAAAAUUAAGAAUACAACGGGUUUCAAUACGAAGAAAAAUCAAAGCGGAUAAAGUAAAGAAAGAGAGGAGGGGGGGGAUAAAAAAUACGUGAAAAUAAAAUAAAAGAUAAGGAAUGCGAAAGCAUAGGAUUUUCGUAUUGUCGGUAUAUUUUAUACGGCAUAAGAAUGUCUGAAUCACCGAUGAAAGGAAACAACGAUAUUGGACGUUGUAUUAAGUCGAGGGUGGUUCAGUAAGCACGACACCUACGUUUCCAAGAAGACGACGCCUACGUACCGCGCAAACACGUCGAGAACGCAUUGUAACUGACAGUUUUUAUGCAAAUCAAUAAUUCGAGCACGACGCAGCGAUAAAGUUUGCCUUUAAUUUUUAAUAGAAAUAUUUAAUAUCUCUGUUUUCGAAUAACAACGACAGUACGCAACACUCGGCACUCGAUAGCGAGUUUCCUUCGCGAUAGGAAUCUUCGCAGGAUUAUUGAGUGUAAAAAAAAAAUCGAAAAGGUGUUUUCGAUUAUUAAAUGGCUGAUUAUUAAUCCAUCUUUUGGGCGACAAUAAUCGGUGCUGCGGUUGCAUGUUUUAAGACAUUUGAGAAAGACAUUGGCGAAUUUGCUGGUGCAUAAUGUGCAACGUUUCUGAGAAAGGGUCGAAGACAAUGAGGCGAAUUCAGUUACAAAGUAAUUCGCGGCGCAAAAGACGGCCUUUGCGCAUAGGUCUCUUCAUCGUAUAUGUGUUAGUUCAGUACAUCACUUGUGCAAAAAUACCUGAAGAGCUAACUUCCACUUAUCCCAGUUCUACGGAUCGCGAGGAAAACUGGACCGUGGAAUCUACCUUGGAGUCGUUUACAACCACGGUUGAGGUUGAGGAAACGAUUAUUAAGGAGCUUCCACCGGUAGAAAAUGUAGCGAAGGAAAUGGAUGAGAAAAAUGAAGGGGGGAACAAGGAGGAGGAAGUGGGCGAGAAACAACAACAAGAGGAGAAAGGCAAGGAAGAAAAGAUAAAGGAAGAAGAAAAAUCGAAGGAAGCGAAUGAAAAGUCAAAGGAGGAAUUAGUGGAAAAACCGGUAGUCCCUAAGAAAGAAGUCACAACGAUUUUAUCCAAGAAUGUUCCUAGAACCACAACGGUUCCAUCAACGACCACUGUAAAAUACGAACGCGCAACAUGGAGGCCGAGAAGAGAAAACUGUUCACCACCAGCGAUCGAACAAUUUCCACGGCCUUUAAUGGGUCCGGAUGCUAGGAAACACGGUGGAUUAAUCAUUCACAUUUUAGCCGCGAUCUACACUUUUCUAGGCCUUGCCAUCGUUUGCGACGAUUACUUUGUCUCCAGUUUGGACCGAAUUUGCGAAGAGCUACGAUUGUCUCCCGAUGUUGCUGGAGCAACUUUCAUGGCUGCGGGUUCCUCAGCCCCGGAAUUGGCAACUGUGGUAAUCGGCGUUUUCUUUGCCAAAGAUGAUAUUGGAAUAAGCGGUGUGAUUGGAAGCGCAGUAUUCAAUAUAAUGUUCGUGAUAUCGGUUUGCGGGCUUUGCACGACAACAGUGUCAAAAUUGAAUUGGUGGCCCCUUUGCCGGGAUUGUUUCUUUUACGCGGUAUCGAUAUUGGUAAUGCUCGGUACGAUCUACAACGAAUCCAUAUCAUGGAUGGAAUCCUUGUUCAUGUUGAUUAUGUACGGUGUGUAUUGCGUGGCGUUGUCUUUCAACACUAGAUUGGAACGAUGGGCGAAAUCUUACAAUAUACCUUUUCUACCAAAAGACGACGAACCCGCGGAAGAAAGCGCUCUCGUUAGUUACAGAUCGUUGCAAGAGGAUCGUUUAUCGUACACAGGGCCUUGUUCUCCUACGGAUCAAUAUAAAACACACGAAGCGGCAACAGGAGGACCAACCGCACCUGAAACGAACGAGGCAGCACCUCCGAAACAACCAGAAUAUUACAAAGCGAAGGAACCAGAUCCAAACGAAAUAUCGCCUUUGGAGAAGCCUACAGAUGGCAGCAAAUGGACGCUUUUCACGUGGGGCCUUGUUUACCCGAUUCAUUUCAUGUGCCGCGCAACGAUGCCAGAUUGCCGCCAAGAAAAAUUUCGCAAUUGGUAUCCCUUCACCUUCUGCGUAUCGAUGGUUUGGAUUAGUUUCUAUAGUUACAUCAUGGUGUGGAUGAUCACGAUCAUAGGCAGUACUCUCGGUAUACCCGACACGAUGAUGGGUCUGACGUUUGUCGCUGCUGGCGUCAGUGUGCCUGAUGCUCUUUCAUCGUUAGCGGUGAUUAAAGAAGGACUUGGCGACAUGGCGGUGAGCAACGCGGUUGGAAGUAACGUCUUCGAUAUUCUAGUUUGUCUCGGGCUUCCUUGGUUUAUACAAACUGCAAUGAUACAGCCAGGCUCGCACGUGAACGUCACCAGCCGAGGUCUGACGUAUUCGACGGUAUCUUUACUGUCAACAGUGAUAUUCUUAGUACUAGCGACCCAUUUGAAUGGCUGGAAGUUAGAUCGACGGUACGGGGUGAUACUGAUGAUUUGGUAUUUGGUGUUUAUCACAUUUGCCUCACUCUACGAGCUAAAUAUCUUUGGUGAAAUGAAUCCUCCGUCAUGCUAUAGCACGUUUUAAAAAAGAAAAAAAACGUGAUUUAAUUACGCAUAGGACGACGAGGAAAAUGAAGCAUGAGAAAUGGGAUUGAAGAGGAGCAGAAGAGGGGAUACGUGUACGUGUGUUUGUGGAUGUGUAUAUGUGAGUGUGUGAGUGUGUGUGCAUACAAGCAACCGACAGCAUGCUCGAUGAAAAUGUUCUCAUUGCAUUCGAUCUCGCUACAUUAUAUACGUGCCAUACGGUUAAACCAUAAUGAAAAAUUUUUCGAAUA